CUCCAAGCAACCCGACUAAUAUUUCAAGGCUGCCGCACAUUUCACUCCGGACAUAGCCAAAGCUUCAACUCAACAGCACCAACUCUACAAGAGUCGCCUACAAAAUGGCAACCUUAUCCACCAUCUCCACAGAAACCACGCCAACCCUCACAAAAGUUAACCUCGACCCCAGCCCUAAAUCUAAAUCCACUUCCACUUCCACCGCCACCACAAACUCACCGGCAACGAUCUCUCCAACCCUCCAAAAAUCCCUCCGCCGCAUCUCCCUCCACCCAACACUCACCCCCUACCGCCGACGCGUCUAUCGUGUCCUCCUAUCCGUGCCCCCCGGCCGCUGGACCACUUACUCCGCGCUAGCAACAUAUCUCGAUUCUAGCGCGCGAGCUGUCGGUAACGCGAUGCGCACGAACCCGUUUGCCCCCGAUGUACCCUGUCAUCGCGUGUUGGCGGCGAAUGGCUCGUUGGGCGGUUAUAAAGGCGAGUGGAGAGUUAGUAAGCACGUCGCUGGCGGAGGGUUUCAGGAGGAGAAGAAGGUGAGGUUAAAGGAGGAAGGGGUGGAGUUUGAUGGGGCAGGGAAGGCGGAGGGGACUUGUUUUCGAGAGUUUAGGGAUUUAGAUCUUCGGGGGAAAGGGGAGGUGCUUUGAUUAAUGUUUUAUGAUAAUAUUCGGGGUGUGUGUAAGGACUCAUCAAGAAUGAUUCUCCUCCAAGCUUGAGGCCUCGAACAGCGGAGAUCCCUGCUGCAAUGUAGAGAUCCCUGCUGCGAUUUCUCCGGUGACAGGGAUCGGGUUCUAGACCGGAUUGGCAUAUUUUCCAGUACUGGACCGAUUGCCUUCUCCGGAGACCGUGAGCGCGCGAUGGCACUUUCGCAGAGUCAAUGUCCGACUCAAAAUCGCUCUCUUCAUCCUCCGCUCCUCUUUGCAUAGCCGCAAUUCGCGACAAGUGCCACGUCAGCUCAAGCAAGUUAAAUGAUGGCAGGGAUAUCGUCACAGGAUCCGGUGUGGUGAUUUCGAAAAUGUACCCAGAAGGUAUCAGUUGCCUAGAUCUCAUAUGGAAGAGCAUCAUCAUUGGUCUGGGGCCUCGUUGCCCCGGUUUGAAUCCAGGACAACGUAGUUGCCGGGGGAGACCUGAGUGAGCCU